CAGCUGGUCACUCUGUGGUAAAACGGCUAGCUUGCUAACAAGCUAGUCAAAAAAUAUUUCGCCCGAGAGAAAACGCGGCGAAUGGAGAAUGGAGUUUUUUAACCAGAUGCUAACAGAGUAUCCCCAUGCAACUUACGGAGGCGUGGGAGCGACGGCUUGCGCCGCCGGGGCCCUGGUUUACAAGGUAGCGACGCGAAAGAAGCCCACACACGUGAACGUGAACUGCUGGUUCUGCAACCAGGACACGGUGGUCCCGUAUGGAAACCGAAACUGCUGGGACUGCCCCAACUGUGAGCAGUACAAUGGCUUUCAGGAGAACGGGGACUACAACAAGCCCAUUCCAGCCCAGUACAUGGAGCACCUGAACCACGGCGUCUCUGCAGGCCUGCCCCACCCCGAGGCCACCAAGACACUGCAGUGGGUCAACUGCCAGAUGCUGCUGUGCAAGAAAUGCAACAACAACCAGACCCUGAAGAUCAAGCAGCUGGCCUCCUUCGUGCCCAGGGAAGAUGAGAAGUAUGACGAGGAGAUAGAGGUGUUCAAGCAUCACCUGGAGCAGACCCACAAGCUCUGCCGGCCGUGCCAGACAGCAGUGGAGUAUUACAUCAAGCACCAGAACCGGCAGCUCCGUGCUCUGCUUUUCAACCACCAGCUGAAACGCAGCCGUGAUGGCAACACGGCCUUCAUCCAGAGCCCGUAUACCUCCACCACACCCGGCUGGGUGAUUUUCCUCCGGGUGCUGGCCUUCCUCACCUGCGCUUUCCUGCUGGCGGUGGCCUUGUAUGGACCCGGGGAGCCCCUCGCCUCCAGCAGUCCCCCGCAGACCCAGAGCGGGGGAGUGUCUGUUCCCAAACCAACCCCCGGUCACGGCCCGGUCAACGGCAGCACCGAGGACAGGCGUGCGUGGCCCCAGCUGCUGGGCCUGCUGCCGGACGAGGCCCUGGAGAACGUGAGGCUGCUGUGGAACUGCGGCAGGGACCACCAGGUGGCCGUGGUGUCUUUGGGCCUGUUCACCUGCGUCACCAGCAUCUUCCUGGCCGGGCCUAUCAGGCUGAGGCGGAUCGACGCUGCGGCCUCCAUCCUCUGGUUCGCGGUCAUGGGCCUGCACCUGGCGGAGUGCUACCUGAAGCAGGACGCUCCCAGCUGGCUGGACACGGUCAAGUUGAGCGCCACCUGCCUGUGCUGCCUGGCAGGCUUCGCUGCAGCCGCCGCGUCGCACGCAACCACGGGCCAGAGGAGAGCCAGAGGUCACAGGUCCCUCCCGCCCUCCUCCCCGGGCUCCUGCUACAGCGGUCAGGGUCCCCUCAUCUCCCCGCCCCUGUCGAGCGCCUCUGCCUUCGUCCCCUCGCCUCCCCCCAACCUCUCGCGUCUCCUGGACUGGCGGACGGGCCAGCGAGCCUGCAGGUGCUCCCCUUCCUCUCUGCCGGGGCGUCUGAAUCGGGCCCUGUCCCUGGGCACCAGCCCCUCCUUCACCCGGACAGAUUCAGGCUACCUGUUCAGUGGAAGCAGACCCUCCUCGCAAUGUAAAGACUCUCCUUCCUCAGGCUAUUUCUCCCAGAGGUGUGGGAGCCGCCCCACAUCGCCGGGGCCCUCUCCCACGCCCUCUGUGGCAGGGUCGGUGACGUCCACUUCCAGCUCCGCUCGGCAGCGGCGGCCACUCAUCAGCCCUGCCAGGCUCAAACUGGGUGGACAGAGGCUGCAGCUCUUCUCACACCCAGAGCCCAUCCACCUCGCUCCGCCCCCCUGUCCAUCAGAGCAUAGCCCCUUUCCAAGUGGACCAUACCAGCCAGAGGUCCUGCCCUAUCGACCACACAACCACGACUUGAGGUCCCUGCUGGACGACGGCAUCGCAUUUGGAGGCGCGGAGGAGAAGAGGAAGGAGAAGGAGGGCAGCUCCAGCUCGGCGGCCUGCCUGGUGGACACCACCACGGGGGAGGGAGCGGGCGGCCGGACCGGAUGGAAGGGUCUUGUGGGUCGUUUUUUGUGGCCGGCUCUCCUGUGCGCCAGCCUCAGCGGCAACCUGGUCUUCACUUCCCUGUACCUGUACCACACCUGGAGGUGAGCCACCUGGCCGACUCUAAGCGGACCACCCUCCCAAGCCUCUGCUCACGUGUCACCGCCGCCCGGGGUCACCACCGCCCGGAGUCACCGCCGCCUGGGCCGCGCCAGUGCCACGGCA